UCGCAGACGCUCCUCCUCUGAGGUUUCACAUUAGAUUUGCAAAAUGAUGAGCCUCUCUUUGAUCUGGGGGAUUGUUAUAGCAGUGUGCUGUUGUUUAUACCUACUUCUUGGAAUGAGAAGAAGGCAGAUGGGCGAACCACCUCUGGAGAAUGGGCUGAUUCCAUAUCUGGGUUGUGCUCUGCAGUUUGGUGCCAAUCCUCUCGAGUUCCUCAGAGCGAAUCAAAGGAAACACGGUCAUGUUUUCACCUGCAGACUGAUGGGAAACUAUGUCCACUUCAUCACAAAUCCCUUGUCAUAUCAUAAAGUACUGUGCCAUGGAAAAUACUUUGAUUGGAAAAAAUUUCACUUUACUGCUUCUGCAAAGGCAUUUGGACACAGAAGCAUUGACCCAAGUGAUGGAAACACCACUGAUAACAUAAGCAAAACUAUCAUCAAGACCCUGCAGGGUGACGCCUUGAGCUCCCUCACAGAAGCCAUGAUGGGAAACCUCCAGCUUGUCCUGAGACCCCAGGGGUCACCACAGACCCCCACGCCUGCCUGGGUGACCGAGGGGAUGUACUCCUUCUGCUACCGGGUCAUGUUCGAAGCUGGCUACUUGACGCUCUUUGGCCGCGAUCUCGCAGGGCAAGAUGCCCAAAAGGCACUCAUUCAAAACAGCCUGGACAACUUCAAGCAAUUUGACAAAAUCUUUCCCGCCCUGGUGGCUGGCUUCCCCAUCCAUGUGUUCAAGACAGGACACUACGCCCGGGAGAAGCUGACGGAGGGCUUGAGGCUCCAGAAGCUCAGAGAAAGAGACCACAUCUCAGAGCUGGUCAGGUUUCUGAAUGACACAUUCGCCACCUUGGAUGACACAGAGAGAGCCAAGUCACUCCUCGCAGUCCUCUGGGCAUCACAAGCAAACACCAUUCCAGCCACUUUCUGGAGCUUGUUUCAAAUGAUUAGAAACCCAGAGGCAAUGAAAGCGGCCACUGAAGAAGUAAAUAAAACACUAGAGAACGCUGGUCAGAAAGUUAGCUUUGACGGCAGUCCUGUUCACCUGAAUCAGAUACAGCUGGACAACAUGCCCGUGCUAGACAGUAUCAUCAAGGAGUCUCUGAGACUUUCCAGUGCUUCCCUCAACAUCCGUACGGCUAAAGAGGACUUCACUUUGCACCUCCAGGAUGGUUCCUAUAAUAUCCGCAAAGAUGACAUCAUAGCUCUUUAUCCACAGUUAAUGCAUUUAGAUCCAGAAAUCUACCCAGACCCUUUGACUUUUAAAUAUGAUCGCUAUCUUGAUGAAAAUGGGAAGACAAAGACCACCUUCUACAGUAAUGGACUCAAGUUAAAGUAUUACUACAUGCCCUUUGGGUCAGGAGUCACUAUAUGUCCUGGAAGAUUAUUUGCUGUCCAGGAAAUCAAGCAGUUUUUGAUCCUGAUGCUUUCCUAUUUCGAACUAGAGCUUGUGGAGAGCUGUGUCAAAUGUCCACCUUUAGACCAAUCCCGGGCAGGCUUGGGCAUUUUACCACCAUUACAUGAUAUUGAGUUUAGAUAUAAAUUCAAACAUUCAUGAACAUAUGCUUGGAGAAAGAGGCCCCCUGAUGCUGUUACAAGGCUGCGGCGCGCUGUCCCUCACCAGUGCCCUGUGGACAGACGUGUUUAGUGGCAGUGGAACGGUGCAGCAGGUUCGUUCUGCUCACCAGUGCUUGCUUGUGAAUCUUAACAUUUUGGUGACAGUUUCCAGAUGCUGAUUCAGACUCUGCAAGUGAAAAACAAAACAAACUAGUUUCUAGAAACACAAUAAUUUGUUUUCAUUUGAAUAAGUCUGUGGAGUGUUCACAUUGCCAGGGACUGAACUUUAUUAUUUUCAGAGGAAAAAGUCUUUUUUGCUUGUUUGUUUGCUGGUUUUUUUCCCAGAAUAUUUGGCAAAAGUUCCUCUUUUUUUGUUUUCCUAAGGAAACUGCUUUAUUUUUAUAUAAACCUCCCAUGGUUAUGCAAAAGGUACACAUUCACGUUUUAGUGAAAAUGCAUGACUUUCUGAUCAGAUAUGGGGCUCUUUGGGUAUAGAUGUAUAUUACAGAGGGUAUUUUAAAGGAUUAUAUCAUGCCUUUUAAUAAAAAUUUUUUUCAGCUUUCCUUAUAUCUAGUAUUCAUGGCUUUUAAAAUGACUGUCUUAAUAUCUUGAGAACAUUAAAGAUGGUUUUACUAUAUUCUCUUUAUACUUAAUUUAUUUUUGCUGGAAACUGUAAUAUCUGUGUCAGGUUUCAAUCAUUUUACCUACACUUUUAUUAGAUUUCAUAUUAAUUGGAAUAUUUUUUUUCCAGGAAAGGCAGGUUUUGUUCUGAUAUUAUUAACAUGCACCUAUGAAAAGAAUGCAGCUCUCAUGUGAUAUAUUUUAAAAUUAAAAUUGGAUGAUAAUGGCCAUCUGAAAGUUUUGGAUAUGAAACUGCAAAGAAUUCAUUAAAUUGGCAUAGUGUUUUAUUUGAAAACUUUUUAUCUUUAAACAAGUUGUAAUUGAAGGAAAUAUAGUUUAGGCUAUAGCAUAGUGUUCAGCUACUGUGUACAACAGUGCUUUAGUGAAAUAUUUUAAGUAUUGGAGUUAUGAACUGUAAUACUUCACUGAUAUUUCUCUAUGUAUAUAUUAUAAAUUAUAUUUAACUUUUUCCUUGCACUACAAAUACUAAGAUAUAUUGUAAUCUUUGCUAAUGUUGAAAUGAUUCACUUUUCAGAAAUAAAAGUGUGAAUUUUUGUUUUAAAUUAAGUAUUCCAAAUGUUUCAA